CCCGCUCCCCACAAGGCUGGUGAUAGAUUGCCAUGCGACAUGAACCACUUGAGCUUCCAGGGGUCGUCACGUCCGGCUGGCGAUGGCUCCUCGUCCACUGCACCGCCAUAUCCCUACAUAGGCCACAACCCUCCAGUCGCGCCAGAUGAAACGAUGCCGGCGGCAUUUGACGGCUAUAUUCCUAGCCUCGUGAGCCCCCUUCGAGGACUGCCUCCCUAUCCACCCUCACAAGCAUUACUGCCGAGCCCAACGUCACUGCACCACACCUUGUCUGCAAGACGAGUAGUGUUCCACGACCAUGCAUCGUUGCUGCAGCCUCCAGCGUCGCCACCGAACUACAGCUUUGCUUUUUCUCAGCCACUCCUGGCUUCUGAAUCAUACGUCCUGAAUCCUCCCUCUUAUCCUCAACAGUCUUUGAGUCAGCCGCAGCAUACAUCUCUGUUCUCGGCCAACGCAACUCAUGAUAACCAUGCGGGCUACAUUCCGUUUCCCUCCGCGGUCCACCAUCUCAAUGUCGCUCGUGCUGAGCACUCGAGCCAGAAUGAAAGGCAACUCCCCGGGAUAGAGCGGGCUCUUGUCGGAGAAGACAGUGAUACGUCUGUUGACGAUCAUGGAGUCCCAGGACUGCCCUCAGAACCAGUGGAAGACGACCCUGCUUCCCCCACCAGAGGACGGAAGAGAGGGCGUCCAAGGUUGGCAUUGUCUGAUCGUCAACCCAGAAAACGACGUAAGAAAGGAAUGGGGCCUCGGGGUGGUUGGAGCAAAGGCAUGAAGAUUGGCCCUCGACCAGCCCUCGACCCGGGGCCGGAAUUCAACGACCUCUAUAGCCAAGCUACCAUUGCCUUCAUCGACGAUCAAGACACCGAGAAAGCGCUUGACUUAAUCUUGCAGGCGAUCGCGGUUAAUCCUGAAAUCUAUUCUGCUCAUGCCCUGCUUUCUGAGAUAUACUUCUCUCGAGACGAAGACGAAAAGGCUAUCGCUGCACUUUUUAGCGGCGCUCACACCAUACCAACAGAUCCAGAAGUAUGGAUUCAAGCGGCCAAUGCGUGUCUCCACAGGUCAAAGGGCAAACGAGAGACUGCCUUGCAACAAGCCAGUUACUGCUAUGCUCGAAUUAUCCACACGGACCGAGAGCACUUGGAAGCUCGCUUUCAACGAGCCGCGGUCAGCAGAGAACUUUCGAAUUACACCAAAGCCAUGAGAGACUUGGAAGCUAUACUCGAACGAAUGCCCAGAAACUCUAGUGUCCUGAGGCAGAUUGCAGAGAUAUGCAUUGAAACCAGGGAUCUGGAAAGAGCAAAACAAGUCUAUGAGGACACCUUAAGUUACUACCGGGAGAACGGAUUCGAGGGCGAAGAGUCUUUCACCUGGGCUGACAUUCUGGUCUACGUGCAAAUCCUUGCCCUUGAAGAACCUCCUGAUUUAGCCAUCGUGAACGCUUUGAAAACCUUGAAACAGUUGUCACGGUGGCUCUUGGGACGAGAGGAAGAAGCUUAUUGGGAUCACUUUACCGAUGAUGACCGAGAGUUUGACUCGGAAGAUGAACCUCGACGAGUCCUCGUGCCUGAAUUUGUCGUUGGCAAAUAUUCAUCGGAUGCCUACGGCCCUGGACUCCCCUUAGAACUGAGGGUUAGACUAGGGAUACUUCGUCUGAAGCAGGGUCGAGAUGGGUUAGACGAGGCGCUGGCACAUUUUGAAUGGCUUGAACCGGAAGCCAGGGAUGAAGGUGCAAGUGUGUACGAUUACCCGGAUUUGUUCCUCGAGGUUGCCCAAGCCUUGCAGGAAGCCAAAGAACACAACCAGGCACUACGUUUCUAUGAAGCCCUAAAGGACACCAACGCAUAUUCUCAUACGGAAUUUUGGCUAGGUAUCGCAGCCAACGCUUAUCUUUGUGGCGACAAGCUACACGCGGUGGAGUACUAUGAGGAGGCUAAGGCUGGAGAUGAAAAAUGUGUCGAGGCACGCACUCAGCUUUCGCGGCUCUACGCCGAAUUCGGUGACAAAGAAAAGGCAAUGGAGAAUGCUCGGGAAGCGGUCCGUGUCGCCGACAGCUUCCUUGCUAAAACUGACCGCCGCAAAUAUGAGCGCAAAGAACAGCGCCUAGCUCGUGAGGAAGCGGAAAGUGCUCUGAAGGAAGCAUUCAACCUCCCUGGCGAAGUUGUUGGAGGUACACCUGUUGACCGUAUCGAGAGCAAGCUCCAAAGAAGAAUGAAGAAGACACGCAGGACUCGGAAGGCAGUAUCGAUGCUGUCGAAGGGGGCGAUCCAUGGGCAAGGAGAGACUGAAGGCGGACUCGAAGAUGAAUACGAGGAUGCCCAAGACGAUCAGUCAGAUGAGCAAUUUCAGCUUGGUCGAGCCGGGCGCGACCUGCCGCCAAUGAUGGAUCGUGAGAUCGCCGGCCAGACAGCCCAGAACGUGGCACGGAAGAGAAAGGAUCGGCAAGCACCCCGUUCGCGAGUGCAAGGCAAAACCAGAACAAAACGAAUGACCAUAGAAGAAAGAGAGGCCCACCGAACCGAAACGAUCAACAGACUCUAUAGCGACUUGGUCUACAACACAGAAGCAGUGAGAGCUGGCGAUGAAAUAGCAAGGAACACCUGGAUGGACUGUGCUGACUCCCUCAUUACGGACUUCCGAAGCAACCGGCCGUUUUACUCUAAAGAGCGAAAUCAGUCGUUGGACGGCCUUUACCAGGAAGCCGCCAAUGCCGGCACACGCCAAAGAUGGGAGAGAGAUCAAGAGAAUGGUCAAGACGGCGUCGAAGUGGAUCAAGACUUUCCCAUCCCUACUGUCGAAUCGUCCAUGCCUACUGAAUACCGCGAAAUCCCCUUCUCAAAUUGGCUGGAUGUUUUUCUCGAGUACUCUCUUCUGCUUGCCCAGUCUCCUGAGGUAGACGCUCAGCAUCGGUGCUACACCAUUGUCAAUGCUGCGUUGGAUUGCGCGGUUUGGAAUCAAGAUCAACAGGCUCUGCUGCAUAUUUAUGUCACAUAUCUUGCCUGUACUCUUGCCCUACAGGACGAACGGACCAUGUCCACCGUGGUAUUACGGUGGUUUCUGCGAACAUUUCAAUUCAACUCUGAGGGAUAUCGUCUCUUCGCUGCCAUGAAUCUGCUCUUCACUCGUCCUGGUGCGGCGUUCCGUAGUCGCGCCACCCACCAAUACCUCUUCAAGCAGAUUGUGCAAAUGGAUGCGAACCUGCCGAUCGAUUAUGAUCCAGAAGGUUACGGACCAGUGCCGGACUUCAUGCGCCAGAGCGGCGCGGAAAACGCCUCCCGCAACAGAGACAACGAUGAAGAGGCGCCUGUCCCUCACGAGAAGGAUGUGCAAAGUCAGCAGCAUCAGCGCCAAAACAUGACGAAAACGAAGGAAAUGAAUGUUGACCUCCUAAUGCUGUACGGGCACGUCCUAUACGCGGGUGGUGGGUUUACCAGCGCCCUUUCGUACUUCUAUCGUGCGCUUUCUCUCAGUCCCGAAAACCCUGCGCUGCUGCUCAGUAUCUCACUGAGCUACAUGCAUGAGACGCUCAAAAAACACAGCGAGAAUCGUCAUAUGUGUUUGUUGCAGGGGUGGGCGUUCUUCGAGGAGUAUGCCGAUGCGAGGAGGCGGUGGAUGCAAAAGCGCAUACAAGGACAGCAAACCCGUCAUGAUGAUGCAGACAUGGCCAGGGCGGAUUUGGAAGGUCUGGAAUUUCUGGUUGAGCGUGAGAUCGCGUUCAAUCGUGCAAGAUGCUGGCACAUGCUGGGUUUGUCGGAUCUGGCGGUGCGCGCGUAUGAGAAAAUCCUUUCGCUCUCGGCCCCUUCCGCCAAUCUCUCAGCUCCUGACCCUGCUAUCUCUGCAGAGAGGGGCAAGGAUAUGGACGUGAGCCCGGCGGAGUUCACAAUGGAAGCAGCAUAUGCGAUUCAGACGAUGUACGCUUUGAGCGGGAAUCCGCAGAUGGCCAGAGAAGUCACGGAGAAGUACCUGGUGGUUUGAUGUUGUCUGACAAGGUAUUGCAAGGUGAAUGUUUGGACUUGGACCGAUAACUUAGAUAGCCGGGUGAAAUCGGCUUGCUCUUUUCCUAAGACUUCUAAAGAGAGGUAUUUUAUGUACAACAUUGAAUGCCAUUCCACCACGUCCCCUUCCAGGCACCGCUGGGCAAC